UUCCCAUGAGUCUCAAUAUUAGAGUCUCAACCCCCAAUAAAUAUGAGACUGGAGAUGUCUGAGGCUCAUUCUGUCCUCAAGCCCACCAGGAAGGAAAGAGAGCUCCAUCUCCCUCCAGGAACUCAGCUAUGAACUCCUUCUGCACAAGCGCUUUCAGGCCAGUCGCCUUCUCCCUGGGGCUGCUGCUAGUGAUGGCUACUGCUCUCCCUAUUCCGGUUCCCUCCGGAGAAGAUUCCAAAGAUGAUACCAACUCAAACAGACCACAACUCACCUCUCCAAACCAAACCGAAAACCUCAUUAAGUCCAUCUUCCUUGAAAUCUCUGAAGUGAGAAAUAAGAUGUGUGGCAACGAUGACUCAUGUAAAAACAGCAAGGAGGUACUGACAGAAAACAACCUGAACCUUCCAAAAAUGGCAGAAAAAGAUGGAUGCUUCCAGUCGGGGUUCAAUCAGGAGACCUGCUUGAUGAAAAUCACUACCGGUCUCCUGGAGUUUCAGAUAUACCUGGACUACCUCCAGAACAAGUUUGAGGAAAACGCCAAGGCGAUGCAGAUGCGAACCAAAGCCCUGGUCCAGGUGCUGAAGCAGAAGGUAAAGAAUCCAAAUGAGAUAACCACCCCUGACCCAACCACAAACUCCAGCCUGCUGGCUAAGCUGCAGUCGCAGAGCGAAUGGCUGCAGACCACGACAAUUCACCUCAUCCUGCGAAGCCUUGAGGAUUUCCUGCAGUUCACUCAGAGGGCUGUCCGGAUAAUGUAGCUUGGGCAUCCGAGAUCCUUGUAGUUCACGGACAUUCCUUCCUCUGGUCGGAAGUCUGUCCACUGGGCACAUAACUUAUGUUGUUCUCUAUGAAGAACUAAAAGUAUGAGCGUAGGACACUAUUUUAAUUAUUUUUAAUUUAUUGAUAUUUAAAUAUGAGUUAAUUUAUAUAAGUGAUAUUUAUAUUUUUAUGAAGUGCCACUUGAAAUAUUUUAUGUAUUAGUUUUGAAAAAAAAAAAAAUAACAAAAAAUGGCUAUACAGCUUGAAUAUCCUCAUUUCAGAGCCAGACCGUUUCUUGGAAU